ACGAAAUUCGAUCAGUACGGAAAACUAUUGUACCAUCAUCACAUCAACAAAAAAUGCUGGCGGUAAAUAUCGCAAAAGCGAAUAAGGUGCCUUCUACAACAAUUACGCAACCAGUUGUUGGGAAUACUUCUUCGCAA